AUGGGAAAUUGUGUUUAAGAGAGAAAACCUUAACAUACUCUUUUUGAUGCUCAAGAGUGGAAAAAACUAAAUCAAGUUUUGAUCAUUAUUGUGAUUUAUGAACUGAGUAUCAUUUUUAUAAUCUUUUAGUACUCACAAAAAUUUACACUUUUAAUAGUAAAGCUUUUGAAGAAAUCUUCAUUGAGAAUGCCGAAUUUGGUAGAAAGUUAUUUCGCUUUCUCGAAGAACAUGGUGAAGAAGAAAAAUACAUACAUAGAGAUGUGUUGUUUUACAUUUGCAAUUAUUAUUUUAUAAAGAAUAGUGGAGGUUCUAUUAAAGGAUGCCUCAUCUGUGAAUUUAUUGAAAAGCUUAAAUAAGGACUUUUCUCUUAUAAGCUUAAAAUAAUCCCAAUAUAUUAAAAAUAAAGAAGAAUUACAUUGUAAGAAAAUAAUGCUAAGAACAAUGAUGAUUAAUCUUGUUUUUAUUCAAAGUGAA